AUGCGUCAAUUCUACGAGGAUCCCCCGUACACCAUCAAUAUGCUGGACCAGUCUCUAUCCCCCACGCCCAAUACCCUCCAACAAGACCCCUAUCCUCUCUACCAAACCCUUGACUCUGCCGACCCCAAACCAAGCCCAAGCCCACCUCCCCAGCCACCACCUCCAUCUCCUAGACGAAAUCGUCACAGCACCACCUUAAGUGCAACCACUCUACUCCUGAAUCUCGCCAGCGGUAACGAUUCAAGUCUAAUCUUCUCUACUCAGACCCCAAGCCCCAGCCCCCCACCGGGACCGCCACCACCAUCCCCCAAGAGUCAUGCUCUUCGACGCUUCCCAGCGCCGACCUAA